AUGCCUCCCGCUCACAAGUGCACCCAGGUUGUGCUCAAGGCGGACGGGCUCAACGAGGACGAGGUGACCAUGAGGAUGGUUCUGGGGGAAGAUCACCAGUGCCAGGCCCAGACCCGAGUGCUCACAUCCAUUGUCACCACAAAACACGGCGACCCUGUGUGGCAGGUGCCACCUUGCCCCCUGACAGAUGAAGGCCGGGCCACGGACCCGCAGGAGGCGGUCGUCAAGAACCCCUAUGCCCGAGUCAGCAUCCCCCGGGCUCACCUGCGGCCCGACCCGGGGCAGCAGCUGGAGGUGGCGCCCUCUUCCCGGGGCUCGCAGCCUCUGCCUGCGGGGCCCUGCCCCUCGGAGCCCACCCGGCUCCUGCAGCCCACCGAGGAGGCCCCAGAGGGCAAAGGCGCCAAGGGGACCAGGGGGGCCGCCCAGAUCCAGGGCCGGCAGGCCUGGCCGCAGCCUGGCCACCCCCCCGGGAGUGGGCAGUGCCCGGCAGCGCUGACCCACGCCGGCCGGCCGCCCGUCGGGCGCGGGGACGACAUCGCCCACCACUGCUGCUGCUGCCCUUGCUGUUCCUGCUGCCACUGCCCUCGCUUCUGCCGCUGCCACAGCUGCUGCUCCAUCUCCUAG